AUUUUCUUACGCAGACUUAAAUUCGGCAUCGUUUCUAAUUUAAACAAAGUUUCUCAAUUGAAACCAUUAAUUAAAAAAAUUAAUUUAAUUUGAAAAAAGUGAAAAAUCGGUUGAGAGCUAAUUAUAAGUUUAGCUGGCGUAGCAGAAACAUCGUAUGAAGUUGUAAAGAAGUGAGAUCGAUAGAGCACAAAAUUCUCUAUCUAGCUACGUAGAUAAAUUAACUAUUGAAUCUCAGAUAAUGGGCUAAAAAUCUCAAAAAAGGAAACGACAAAAGCUUGUCGCAGUCAGGCAACUCCGCACUCUUCAAUAUUUUGAAUAGUGCACAAACGACAAAACUGUUAUCAGAGAUUCAAAUAGCAAGUUUUGUAGAGAAGUCAAUUCUCUAUCGAUUGAGCUUCGAACCAACUCUGUGGACUACCGGACAAUGCCUCAUGAACAACGAAUGAAAGUGUCCGAUUUUAUCUGGACCACCCGAUAUUUUUCAACCUGUACCUUUUUUAUCGGAAAAACAAGUAAACUGCCCCCAUAAGGGAAGACCAGCUGGUCUUCUGUUUUGUUCCGCAAGUCGAGUUUAGGGUACAGUGUUUCUUGCUUCCUGCUUUGACGCUGCGUACUGUACACUGUACAGUAUCACACUGUUGAAGAACAGAAAGAAAAAAGGAAACAGAAACGUAAGUAAAUUCAGAUAAAAGAACGCCUUAAAUAUGCGUUGCAUUAAGAUGAUUGAACUUCAUGACAAUAUACGAUCGAGAAAGAUUUCCUGUUUCGGGUUAUCACCAUUUGAAUGAGCUAACACUUGGACAAAAAACCAAGGAAACGUUCUAAGCUAUUACAGAAGCUGUGGGCUUCUGCUCUUUUUCCAGAAAAAUUUAUUAGGUCACCUAAAAAAAUUUUCAGGUCAUUCGGGUCCAAAAGUCUUCGGUUCGGGUCAUCCACCUAAGACCUGAUUCGGGCUCUGUUAGCGACUAAUACUGUCCAUUAAAAUAUGUUUCAGUCACUGCUGAAACAACAGUAGCAACGACAUCUGAUGCUCCGUCAAGUGCAAUAACAACAACUACAGGUUUGACUCCAAAUGCAUCAAAUAUAACAUGGUUAAUGUCAACAAUUCAAGCAUCAAAUCAAACAAAAAUAAUCUCAUCUAAACCAACAUUUAUGGCUAUUGAUGAUCAAAAUUAUUUUGUUGUACUUGGUUAUUAUGGUAAUCUUGUUCAAAUGAAUAGAACAACAAUGAGCGUCAUUGCUGCAGCAAACUUAGGAGGUCACUCAGGUGCAGUUACUUAUAGUAAUGGUUAUUAUUUUAUAGCAUCCGAUACUCCAUAUCCUUCUAUUUACAUUUAUUCUACUCGAAAUUUAACAAAUUUUACUGCUCGUAUAAAUGGUUCAGCAUCUAAUUGUUUUUUUCGUCAAGUGGCAUUUUUACAAAAUAAUACCAUUAUGGUUGCAGCUGUUGAAACGUUGAAUAUACUUCAAUUUUAUCAAAUAUCAUUUUCAUCGUUUUCAUCAACAUUUUUAUUUUCAAUACCAGCGUUGCACAUUUCUCCAUACAGUUUAUAUAAAGUGAACGAUACAUUCUUGUAUUUAGUGUAUUACGCUGCUGCAGUACCCAUCUACAUUCUAUCAUAUAACAAUAGUAGCAAUUGGACAUUAACAGCACUGAACGCCACACAGCCUGCAUCUUCGGAAAAUUCAACACAAAUAACAAUUGAUUCAUACGGACGAAUUUGGUUUGCUAUCUAUAAAUUUGGUGUGAGAGUGUUUGAUUCCACUGCAUCUGUCUUACUCUAUAGUUGGCCGGUCUCAACUGGAUUGAAGGGGAUACUGUUAACGAAUGAUUACGAGUUGUUUUUAUCUGACUAUGACAACAGCACAAUAUUGCAUUAUAAACCACACAUAAACUCGUAG